CCAUUCCAUUAUUGAAUUCUCCCUUUAAAAGGAGACUAAAGCACAACAACAACAACUGAGCCAAAGAAAGCUUCAAACCAAUCAACAUGGAUGUGGAGAAACUCUUUCAUAUGACAGGAGGGGCUGGCCCUUCUAGCUAUGCUAAAAAUUCCUCCCUUCAGAAGAAGGCAGCGGAUAUGGUGAAAAACAUUACCCUAGAAACAUUACAACAGCUUUGUCUUGAAAUAACUGUAAAGACUUUCUGCAUAGCUGAUUUGGGUUGUUCUUCUGGAUCCAAUACGCUGGCAAUGAUCAAAGAUAUUGUUGAAACUGUUGAAGGAACCUGUCGAAAAAUCUUGCUCUCAGACCCACAGUUUCAUGUGCACCUUAAUGAUCUUUCAACAAAUGACUUCAACUCAGUCUUUAAGGCCUUGCCCGAUUUUUAUAGAGAGCUUAGAAAAGAAAGAAGUGGGGGACGUCCCCAUAUAUAUGUUGGAGGCUAUCCAGGAUCCUUUUAUGGAAGACUCUUUCCCAACAACUCCUUGCAUUUUAUCUAUUCAUCUUACAGUCUUCACUGGCUAUCAAAGGUUCCUCCAGCUCUUUACAACGAGCAUGGCGAUUCAGUAAACAAAGGCAACAUUUACAUCUCUGAAUUCAGCUCUCCUCGGGUGAUAAAAGCAUAUUUCACUCAAUUUCAAGAGGAUUUCUUUACGUUCCUUAGAUCAAGGUCCGAAGAAUUAGUCGUUGGAGGGCGAAUGGUGCUCAUCUUAUUGGGAAGAAAAGGUCCUGAUCAUGUUGACAGGGGCAACUCAUUCUUCUGGGAACUUCUCUCUCGAUCCCUAGCCAUGUUGGCUUCUCAGGGGGUAAUAGAGAAAGAAAAGUUGGAUUCCUACGAAGUGAACUUUUAUGCACCAUCAAAAGAAGAACUAGAAGAGGAAGUGAGGAGCGAGGGAUCGUUCAAACUAGACCAGCUUGAGAUGUUUCAAAUAAAGAAGGAAGACUAUGGGGAGAGAUGUGGGUCUGCGGUUGCAGUGACAGUUAGGGCUAUUCAAGAAUCAAUGAUCCGUCACCAUUUUGGGGUAGGAGAAGAGAGUAUAGACUGUUUGUUUGAGAAUUACGCCAGAAUGGUUGAUGAAGAAAUGGUUAAAGAAGAAAUUAAGCCCCUGACUUUCAUCCUAGUUCUUAGAAAAUUAUAGGGUAACACCAAAUGUGACUUGAAUUAUUAUAUAUUUCUAAGUUUUUUUAAAUCUUGAUGAAGCAGUCAACGUCUGUAUGGAGUUGAAAUGAGGCCGUUUGACUUCACCUUUCAAGUUCAAACAGAAACAAAGGUUCCCAAAAUGUGAGAAGACUUGACUUUGAUCAAUGCAUUGAAUCCAUGCCACUA